AUCAUGGUGUAUACGUAGUAGUCUCUGUUGUAGCUUCCUCCAAUCAUACUCACCCAUUGUAAACAUAAUCCCCUACUAAUAUAUAUUUUCUUAUCGUAAUUGUUGUACCUACAAAAAUGAAAUUGUUUCAACUUUACCAUUUACUUGUAUGUCUUUCAUUAAUAAUAACACCAAUAGCUCCUCAGAAAUACUCCAAGCCAGGCUGCUUAGAUACUUGCGGGAAGGUGAAGAUUCCAUACCCUUUUGGAAUUGGAGCAAAUUGUUCAAUCAACAACUGGUACGUCGUUGAUUGCAACUCUUCGAAACCAUACCUACCUGCACUCAACCACCUAGAAGUCCUGCUUGUAAACUUAUAUAAUCAUAUAGUCACUGUUUAUGCACCAAUGAUCUAUGAUUUCCAAAACCAAGUUCAGAAUAGGAGCCAAGUCUCAAGCAUCAAUCUUGGUACGAGCCCCUUCCUUUUUUCCCAAUUACAAAAUAAAUUUGUUCUCAAGGGGUGUGGCAAUGCUUUGAUGAUAGACCAUGGGAUUGUGGUUGCUGGGUGUUCAACUUCUUGUACCAAUGAUAGUAGUGUUAGUGAAAGAAACAACUGUUUUGGCAUCAUGUGUUGCCAAACAGAGAUUCCUCAUUAUCUUCAGUCUUAUAGCUUGGAGAGGCAGGGUGGAGAUGUGGCUCGUGGGUCUGCCUUCUUGGUGGAUAAGAAGUCAUAUGACGAAGGAAGCUUUUUUGGCCAAUCUAUUGGUGUGGAAAACCCUUAUGUUCCCAUAUCACUUCUAUGGACCCUAACUGAGAGUGUGUUAUCUUGUUGUGAUAAGAUAGGGAGCCCUUAUAAAUUCACCGUGGAUAUGCAUAACGGUACAUCAGUGCAUUCUUCGGCAUGCGCGGUCGGCAAUAGAUAUGAAGGAAGCCCUUAUUUACCAUUUGGUUGCAAACUAAACAAGGUAUGUGCAAGCUGCAAGGAUGAUGAAUAUUGUGAGCCUAACAUAAACUAUGAUGGUGACGGCUUUAACUUCACUUGUAUUGAGGUUGAGGGGUACAAAUUCCAAAGCAAAUCAUCACAACUGGGUGUUAUUUUAGGUGUUAGCAUAAGCAUGGGGUUACUUUUUCUCAUGGCACUCAUCUCUGCUUUAUACAAAGUAAUUAAGAAAACAAAGGCAAGGAGACGAAGAGAGAGGGUUUUUAAACGCAUUAAUGGUGGUUUACUCCGAAAGCAACAAGAAGAAACCGAACCAUCUUUAGUUGAUAGAACCAUACUUUUUACGUCACGUGAGUUGGAGACGGCCACUGAUCACUUCAACGAGAAUAGAAUUCUCGGCCGAGGAGGUCAAGGUACAGUCUACAAAGGUAUGCUAGUUGAUGGAAGAAUUGUGGCAGUCAAGAAAUCGAAGGUAGUUGAUGAAAGCCAAUUAGAGCAAUUCAUCAAUGAGGUAGUCAUUCUUUCGCAAAUCAGCCAUCGAAAUGUGGUCAAACUAUUGGGAUGUUGCUUGGAGACUGAGGUUCCUCUGCUAGUUUCCGAAUUCAUUUCAAAUGGGACCUUGUACGACAGCAUUCACAAUGAGACUGCUGAGUUCCCAAUUUCUUGGAACAUGAGAUUGCAAAUUGCUACGGAGAUUGCAGGAGCCGUAUCUUACAUACACCAUGCUACGACAUAUCACACGAAGUAA